AUGGCACGAAAAUAUAUUAAGGAAUUAAAAAUAGAACGGUUAUUUUCAGAAGUUAAAACAAGAACAACAACAUCACAGUUGCAAUGCUCACAGCUUCCUCGUGGCGCAACUGGGGAUCAAAAAGCCUCGAAUGGGAACAAACCGCUCAGAGAUCAGCAUCAGAAAAACCAGUCAGACGUGAAAAACAUGGAUCCUAAAUCCUUUUAUGGCACUAAAACUUUUCAAAAAUUAGAAGAAGCCUUAGAAGAGAUAGAAAGUGAUAAUUUUGAAACAGUUGGCAGUGUUGAUUUGUGUGUCCUUCCUCCAGAUUUGGACGAAUUGACAGAUGCCGAAGAAAUUGAUGAUGACAAUAUAAUUGAUCCUCAUUAUGUUCCAAAAGACAUUUCAGGAACUAUACAAAUAUCUGUUGAUUUGAAUAACGAACCGGAUAACGAAAACGAACCUGAUCAAAUAUCUGAAGUACGUGGCUAUUUGAGAGACGGUGCGGCGAGUAGAGCCAGUAGAAAGAGAAAAACCGGAUCCAGUAUUGAAACCACAGUAGGAUUUCACUUCCCUGGAAAAUUGGAAAAACAACUAAAGUGUACUUUUUGCCACAUGAAAGCUAGAUGGAUGUGUAAAAAAUGUGGCAAAACACUAUGCAUCGAAAAGGGGUGUUUCGAAAAGUAUCAUCUCGCAUCUGCCUAA